CCCUUCUUCUUCUCUCUCACUCUCCGCCAUUAAACCACAGCUUCACUCCACACACUUAAUUUCAAACUCACCCGAAGCAAAUGACCUCAUCAUCUUUAACAACAACAAGAACAGCAACGAAUAACUACACAAUCGACGACGACAAAGACCUAGACGACGCCGCAUUGUGGGCUGUAAUCGACUCCGCCGAAGCUUCUCACUCCACCACAAAACCCCGUAGCAAACCGCUCGCUCUCCGAUACCCUAAUUUCCAAUCUCCACCGACACCUGUCUCCAAUUUCUCAUCUCCGCCUCAAAACCCUAGAUCUCAAAUUCGAUACGUUAAUAAUAGUAAUAAUAAUAAUAAUAAUACUAGUAAUAGAAAUUCUCCUUAUUCUGAUCCUUAUCGGCGGCCUAAUAAGAUAGCGAGAACGUUUGGGUCGGAAAUCAGUGACAGUACGAGUACUAGUCCACCUGGGCUUGCUAUUGUUAAGAAGAGUUCGCCGGUUAUUAAUACGGUGGCGUAUUCGUCUCCUGAGGCUUACUUGUCGCCGAAGAUUGGGAAGUAUGGUUCGAAUGAUGGAUCGGAGGUUUCUCCGGGAAGUUUUAUGCGUCAUAAUGAAGAGAAUGAUGUGAUGAGGCAUUGCUUGAAUGGGAGAUUUCCUUCGGUUUCGCUUUUUAAAGAUUAUCAGGAUGCUGCUAUGGCGAUUUUGGAGAAAUCAGAUUACACUAGGAUUUCUGGGCACCCUUUCAUUAAAAAGACAGGUUGGAGGAAGAUAUCAUUGUACUUCAAUAUUUCCUAUGAAAUCAGAGACAAGAAUAUUGAAUUUGAUGAUAAUAGAAAUGUUCAGCGUGCUGAAUUUAUUGUUCGGGCACAUAUGCAGGGUGGCAGGUUCUCUGAUGGAUGGGGUUCCUGUGAGCGGCGUGAAAAGAAAUUUACAAAACCAAAUCAUGAUAUACCCAGUACAGCUGAAACUAGAGCAAAAAAUAAAGCUUGCCAGGACCUACUUGGAAUUGGCGAGUAUCGACCUGGAAUGAGCGAAUUCAAUAAAUAGAUUUGUUAUAUUUGCAUCUCUAAGCAACAAUGUAGUCCAUCUAAUUUGCUCAUGAAUGUACAACAUUGCGAUAAGAAACUGAAAAAGUUAAGAUUUCGAAUUUCUUAUUAGUAAAUAUAAAUUGCUCAUCUGGUCUAAGCUGUGACCACAUAGUUGUUGCUAUUUGCAAUAUUUGACAGUAAUUGAUAGAAACAUUUUAAACAGAGAUAUUAUGUAGCUUUUGGACUGUACAAGGCUUAUGGACCAGAGACAUUAAUGGAGGUUUGGACUAACAGGGUGAAUGGACCCGAGUUGUUUUUCUUA